AUGAUUGUCUUUGGUUGGGCCGUGUUCUUAGUGAGCAGAAGCCUUGGCCAGGGUCUGCUGUUGACUCUUGAGGAGCACAUAGCCCACUUCCUGGGGACUAGAGGUGCCACUGCUACCAUGGGUAAUUCCUGUAUCUGCCGAGAUGACAGUGGAGCGGAAGAUAGUGUUGACACCCAGCAGCAACAAGCUGAGAACAGUGCAGUACCCACUGCUGACAUGAGGAGCCAACCCCGGGACCCUGUUCGGCCACCAAGGAGGGGCCGAGGACCACAUGAGCCAAGGAGAAAGAAACAAAAUGUAGAUGGACUAGUGCUGGACACACUAGCAGUCAUACGGACUCUUGUAGACAAUGAUCAGGAACCUCCCUAUUCAAUGAUUACAUUGCACGAAAUGGCAGAAACAGAUGAAGGAUGGUUGGAUGUUGUCCAGUCUUUAAUUAGAGUUAUUCCAUUGGAAGAUCCACUGGGACCAGCUGUUAUAACAUUGUUACUAGAUGAAUGUCCAUUGCCCACUAAAGAUGCACUCCAGAAAUUGACUGAAAUUCUCAAUUUAAAUGGAGAAGUAGCUUGCCAGGACUCAGGUCAUCCUGCUAAACACAGGAACACAUCUGCAGUCCUAGGUUGCUUGGCUGAGAAACUAGCAGGUCCUGCAAGUAUAGGCUUACUUAGCCCAGGAAUACUGGAAUAUUUGCUACAGUGUCUGAAGCUACAGUCCCACCCCACAGUCAUGCUCUUUGCACUUAUUGCGCUGGAAAAGUUUGCACAGACAAGUGAAAAUAAAUUAACUAUCUCUGAAUCCAGUAUUAGUGACCGGCUUGUCACAUUGGAGUCCUGGGCUGAUGAUCCUGAUUAUCUGAAACGUCAAGUCGGGUUCUGUGCCCAGUGGAGCUUAGACAAUCUCUUUUUAAAAGACAGUAGGCAGCUGACCUAUGAGAAAGUGGACUUGAAUAGCAUUAGGGCCAUGCUGAAUAGCAACGAUGUCAGCGAGUACCUGAAGAUCUCGCCUCAUGGCUUGGAGGCUCGCUGUGAUGCUUCCUCUUUUGAAAGCGUGCGUUGCACCUUCUGCGUGGAUGCUGGGGUGUGGUACUACGAAGUCACUGUGGUCACUUCUGGCGUCAUGCAGAUCGGCUGGGCCACGCGAGACAGCAAAUUUCUCAAUCACGAAGGCUAUGGCAUUGGGGACGACGAAUACUCCUGUGCCUACGACGGCUGCCGGCAGCUGAUUUGGUACAAUGCCAGGAGUAAGCCUCAUCUACACCCGUGCUGGAAAGAAGGAGACACAGUAGGAUUUCUGUUAGACCUAAAUGAAAAACAAAUGAUCUUCUUUUUAAAUGGCAACCAGCUGCCUCCUGAGAAGCAAGUCUUUUCAUCUACUGUAUCUGGAUUUUUUGCUGCAGCUAGUUUCAUGUCAUAUCAACAAUGUGAGUUCAAUUUUGGAGCGAAACCAUUCAAAUAUCCACCAUCUAUGAAAUUUAGCACUUUUAAUGACUACGCCUUCCUCACAGCUGAAGAGAAAAUCAUUUUGCCAAGGCACCGGCGUCUUGCUCUGUUGAAGCAAGUCAGCAUCCGGGAAAACUGCUGCUCCCUGUGUUGUGACGAAGUAGCAGACACACAGUUGAAGCCAUGUGGACACAGUGACCUGUGCAUGGAUUGUGCCUUGCAACUGGAGACCUGCCCAUUGUGUCGCAAAGAAAUAGUGUCUAGAGUCAGACAGAUUUCUCAUAUUUCAUGA